CUACUGGACAUCUGGGUCUCUUGCCGGCCAUCCCUCUUCAUCACCCUUUGCCUGCUGGUUAUCCUGAUGGCCUCUGCCUUAUUAUGCCUGGACAGCCAGUUCCCCAUCCUGGGGUGGAGGAACCCCUCUCUCAAUAACCCAGGGCAGAGUCUAUCUGCCUACUCCAAGGAGCGGGGCAUGUGGACCGUGAACUCCGCCGGGCGUCUCGGGAACCAGAUGGGGGAAUACGCCACCCUCUACGCCCUGGCCAAGAUGAACGGGCACCAGGCCUACAUCCUCCCAGAGAUGCACCAGCAGCUGGCGCUGCUCUUCCGCAUCACCCUGCCCGUGCUCUCCAGAUUCAGGGCUUCGAGGAUCCCAUGGAAGGACUACGAGCUCCAUGACUGGAUGUCGGAGGAGUACAGGCACAUCGAGGGGAAAUACGUCUGGCUUACGGGCUACCCCUGCUCCUGGACCUUCUACCACCACCUCCGGCAGGAGAUCCUCCAGGAAUUCUCCUUCCACGACCACGUCAAGGAGGAGGCCAACCGGUACCUGGCCGGGCUGCGUGGGCAGCGCCAGAACGUGACCUAUGUGGGUGUCCACGUCCGGAGGGGGGAUUACGUCCGGGUAAUGACUGAGAAAUGGAAGGGGGUGGUGGCGGACAAGGCCUACCUGGAGAAGGCCAUGGGCUACUUCCGGGCCAAGUAUCAGGAGCCGGUCUUCGUGGUGACCAGCAACGGGAUGGAGUGGUGCCGGGAGAAUUGCAACAACACGAUCAUGACCAUCGGGACCUUCGGCAUCUGGGCCGGUUACCUGGUCGGUGGGGAGACUAUCUACUUGGCCAACUACACCCUCCCCGACUCCCCCUUCCUCCAGCUCUUCAAGCCUGCGGCCGCCUUCCUGCCCGAGUGGAUCGGGAUCGACGCCGAUCUCUCCCCGCUGUGGAGCGGGAAUUCUGGCUAAAGGAGCUCAGCCAACAGGAGCCACCCACUGUCACAUGGCCGGUCUGCCCAGCACUGGUCACCUGGGAUGCCCAAGCCAGUGACCUACAUCAGUGCUAGUGAUCUGAUAGGAAUGUUCAGAGUGAUGGUGUAUGGGGGCCAGGACUCCUGGGUUCUCUCUCUGGCUUUGGGAGGGGAGUGGGGUCUAGUGGUUAGA